GUUGUAACGUGAAGGUGUCUGAUUUUGUGACACUCCCUUCCCAUAACGAAAAAGUUGGUGUAGGAUGACUAUAUGAUGAUUCAAACUUUAUUACAAACGCUUUGAAGUAAAACUGUCAACGUCUUUGGAGUUGUCUGAUUAAAUGAUGCAAAGAUGGCAGCCGUCAGAGCAAAGUCAUUCCGCCGUGCUGGAAGUCUGAUGAGGAGCAAAUCUGAGGGCACACUAAUUGAUUUAGAUGAUAAUGGAACACUUAACAUCAACAAUUUGAACGGUAGUUACAUUUCACAUCAUGUGACAAAGCAUUCUGAGUGGCCAGUUUUACAGCCAGAGGUAAAGCACAAAACUCAAACAAAUCCGUUCUGGAGCAAGUUGUCUGGAUCCAACCCAUUUCUUGAUGACAUCGUACACACAGAUGAAAACAGUGGCAGUGUAUCGAUUCUGCAAGAGGAUCCAUCCGCUCUUUUUGGUGGUGUCCAUGAUGACACCUUAAGCACAUCCUCAGAUGAAAGUCGUUCAACCCAUUUUCUGGAUACCAGACAUAAAAACUCCAACCAGUUUGGUAGGUGGAGAAGUGCCUCGGAUAUUCUUGAUGACCUGGAGAAAAGGGAGACAAAAAGGGAGAGUAGGGAUAGUAGCCUCAAAAUAUCUGGCUCAUUCAUGAACCCAGAUUUUGAGUGGUUAAAGAAUGACAGAGAGGCCUACAAAAUGGCGUGGUUGAGUCACAGACAAUUGACAAGGUCAUGCCUGGACCUUGGCCUGAUAAGUCAGAGUCCAGGAUGGGCCCAGACUCAGGCUGCUGACUCCCAGGUGAUCUGCAAGAUCGGUCACGCUGGAGGGUCACUGCAGCUACCAGACACUGACAUUAGUGUCCAUAUCCCAGAAGGCCAUGUAUCCCCUGGGGAGAUUCAGGAAAUCGUACUGAAAGCCAUCCUUGAGCCUCCCCGCGGCCUUAACAACAACUACACGACAACCAUGAGUCCUCUUCUGGAAAUGAGAGUAAACAACCUCAACACAAAGGAAUGCAUCACGCUGGAGAUGAAAAUGGCUGGGGAUGUCAAGAAGGACCCUUUGAGUCAGGUAAUGACUACUUUCGUGGGACUUGUGUCCCACAAGAGAGAGGGACCUUACCAAAAGGUAAAAGACUGUUACAUUUACAAAAACAUUAUGCAGAUGAAGCUGCAGGACUUGAAGUCACACUUAUAUGUUAUUGUCUGUGCGGAGGCCUCGGUUAUCCAGCCCCCUGCUACAUCAGUUUGGGAUUAUCUGGACCGCCACAUCAACUUGGCUGUUUACGGCCCAAGGUAUAUCCAUCCUUCCUUCAAAGUCGUCAUAGUUGUCUCUUGCCACGAAAGCAUCCCACUGAGACUUCCAUUCUCAGACAUCCACAGGGGGAGCAGAAAUCUUCCACCUCUUGUGCUGCAGCUCUGGGGGAAGCAUCAGUUCAUGCCAGAGAAAAUGGACGACCUGAAUAUCGCAACCAACAUCACUGAUUCAAAGUUUGAAAUCAAGGAUGAGGACAAAAGAAAGGAGGUGAAACAAGGGCUACUCAAGCUGGGCAAGGUUCUUCAUCUGCCACUUGAGCUCACCAAUGUUGGUAGCGGGAAGAUUACCUCCUUCAAACUGAACCUCCAGCUACGGGACUCAAACUGUGUGACCCUGACACAGUUCCAGGUCCAAUCCCCUGCUGCGGCACCUAUUAGGUCAGAGAAGCGAGGCCCUAGACGACCGGACCAGCGGAAGGAGAUGGGCAGAUCCUUGCCCAUCCAUGAGGAAGCUAUUCAAGAAUUCCCUCAAUUCCAGUCCAGACCUGUGAACUUGCAGUGGUACGGCGUGGCUCUGAAAUCAGUGAUCCGUCAGCCACGUGUGGCGUACCUUCUGGAAUACUUCAAGGGGGACACGGUGGCCCUCCUGUCCAGGGAGAAGGUGAGGUCAGUGGGCCAGUCGAGGGUGAAGGAAUGGUACAUCGGUUUUCACCGAGGGAAGACUGGCUUGGUUCACUGCAAAAAUGUCAAGCUCAUCACUAGAGACCAAGUGAUUGACUUCACUGGCAUCAACGUGACCACCGAUGUGCUUCUGGAAAACAUGACACUGCCGUUUAAGAAGCUAACCUACAUGUACUCAGCCAUCCAGAACCUCGUUACUGAACACAUUCCCAGCUGGAGAGGGUUUGCCGACGCCCUGGGUUACUCUAACCUGUCCUUGGAUGGGAUCACAAGGAGGCAUGCUGAAACAGAGGCCGACCGCGUGGCCUGUGUGCUGGAGAAGCUGAAGGAAGAUUGCCAUGCGGAAAAGAGCCUGAAGAAGUUCCAGCAUGAGCUUAUGAUUGGUCUGUUGAAGAUUGACGCUCAGGCCCUCGUGGCACACUUGAUUCAAAACACAGUCAUCUUGUCAACAGCAGUGGAGCUUGGUAUCAGAUGGAGGGAGAUUGCUGAGCGAUUGGGAAAGCUCACCAGUGCCCAGAUAGCUGGCUACGAGGCACCACAUCGAGGGAAGGGUGGAGAAGUCAGUGCCCAGUCCAUGUGGAAACCUGCCUAUGACUUCCUGUAUUCCUGGAGCCUGCGGUAUGGGAAGGGAUACAGGGACAUGGUCCAGGACCUCCACUUGGCCCUGGACAAGAUGAAGAGCCCCGUCACCAAACAGUGGAGGCACCUGACUGGAGCUCUAAUUACCGUGAACUGUCUAGAGAUUUUCCAAGUCUCUGCAUUUCCUAACCCUAGAACUCUGAGGACUUGAUGAAAGAUCUUAGUAUGGCACUAGGUGUCUUGUCACCAAUGUUUUUGUUGCAAUAUGGAAUUCUACCAUAAAGGAAAACAGUGUUAAGUUAUUUAAUGCUUUUUUUGGUCACAUACUUAACAUCGAUUUUGAAGUCAUGACAAGAACCAUAUAGCAAUACUUUCCAAUGUAUUCAGAUACUUGCAUUGUACAAAAUAUUACUGCCCUCCCUUUAUAUUUCAUAGGAGAUAUGGACCUGUUACAUUCACUAUAACUUAGAUUCAGAUGAUCAAACUGUGUCAAUGAAGUAAGAAAACAUUUAUACAGUGUACUCUUAGUCAAAGACUGAAAACAGCUGAAACCAGUUUUGUAAUGUUCUGUCUUUUUGGUUUGAUAAAAUGUGACACAAUGCCCUGUUAGUGAAGCAGUUGGACCAGCUUUGACAACACAAACUUUUUAGUUCUUAUUGCCUUUUUUGUAUUUUAUGCUAUGUUCCUUAAACCAACCCUACUAUUCACUUAACAUUCUUUAUCUUAAACAUUAUCAUGACUUUAGAAUCUGUCAAGUAUUUAUGAUAGCUUUGGGUUGUAAACCAUGUUUCACGGAUGUGUUAAAAAUAUGAAAAGCUUAUUAACUGCCAAAGGCAAACCUCAGUGUUUAGAGUGCUGCUGUUUACUCUGUGUCUUAAAGAUGCUGUAAAGUGGAAUUGAAAAUGAGUUUUAUGUUCAUCACACCACAGAAGAAUGUGUUGUUAACUACCAAUCCAAAUUCGAAUGAAAAAAAAACACGACAAGUAUGUUAAAUUAGGCUUUGAAAUUGUGAGAAAAUCAGCAGUCUUCUCUGCUUGAGACGGGGGGGCAUGUCGCCUGAAGGAGCUGAAGCUCCGCCCCCUAAAAUGUAUUGAAUUUAUCAAAAACAGCAACACUAGCUAAAUCAAUUGCAGAUAUCAGAACAGACCUACCUGCAGUCUCUGAGUGUUUUAUGUGUUAAUUACUUUGUCUUUGCAUCGUACCAGCUCAGUAACAGAAUGCAACCGUCUGUGAUCUGACGUAGAUAGUCGCUGUGACGUAGAUGGGUUGGGAUUUUGCCCCGCCUAUACAAAAUCUGAGCUGAAAACGGGAGAGAAACUGUUCAACGGUCUAACUCCACAUUUCAGUGCGACAAAGUUUUCGCUCUUGCACAUGCUUUCAGGAACUAAUUUCACACAUAUAUAUAAUGUACUGAGAAGCAAAUCAUGGAAUUUGCUUUACAGCAUCUUUAAGCCCAUCCAUUAAUUCAUACAUCACAUGUUCUCAGUGUUGUCUUCUCAUAAAAAGCAUGUGUGCUAAAGCUCUUUGGAUGAUAUUUUGGUACAGGAAUGAAAUGUAUGAUAAUGUGUCCAGGCAAUGUCUGAGAAAUUGUAUUUGACAAUGAAGGUUUGUGAAACUAUAUUUUCUUCAACCACCUUAAAUGUUAGCUCGGUGUUUGAAGUUUGAAUAAAUAUGACCCAAUAUGUAGGCUACAGUAUACCUGUUUAGACUGGUCUGUUCUCGUCAGUAUUAAAGGUAAUUGUGAAGCAAAAUAUGUACAUAGAGUAGAUGCAAACUUAACAGUUAAGGAUAUUUAUAACUUAAAGUCAUAGUCUAUGCUAGUUGGUCUCUAUUUCUUGUUUCGUACAGCUUUGAGUUGUACCUACCCUGUGCUAAGCAGCAGGUAGAUGUCCCACAUUGCAUUGUGAGAAUGUCAAUGCACUUUAUUUUGGUCUCAAACUGUCUACAUGAAUUAUUAUUAGGACCUUGUUGCUGUCUGCAUUGACCUCAAUACAGAAGUCUGUCAAAGGA